AUGCCUCCCUGGAAUGCUCUGUGUCAGGGCCUUGUGCUCUCUGGACGCCGACUUGGCGGUCCUGCCUCUCGUAGGCUGCAGCAGCGGCGUCAGCGGCUGCUACAACAACAGGCUGAGCAGAGAACCCCUUCCCCGAAAGCGACACCUGCAGCAAGUGCUGUGCCCUUCAUGGCAGGAGGCAGGAUGGGGAGCGAUCCGCUACACUUGAAUGAUGAGACUCAGCAGCAGCAGCAGGGUGGCCCUCCCAAGCGGGUAGGCACUGGCCACUUCAGGGAUCCCAUGAGGGCCCCCGUGCCGGUAGAGGGCGGGAAUCCAGCACACACUGAGUUCUUGAAUAUGAAUAAACAGGAUCUGCAAGCUCGGGUUGUAGAACAGCUUAUUGCCUUAAGGAGGCAGAAGCAGCAGCAGCAACAACAACAACCGCAGCAGCAGCAGCGGCAGCACGGUGAGGCUGCUCCCCAAAACGCCACUGUGCAUGCACCCCCCGAAACAGCACAGAGGGAACCAAGGGAUUCAGAUCUCCCAUUGGCCGUUGCUGAUGUGUAUGUACACCACGAGCAAAAUAUCCGCAGCGUCGCCCCAAGGCCACAUGCCUUUGUGGAAGCCUGCGUGAGGGACCUCAUGGCGGGAGCUUCUGCAGCUGCAAAUCCUCUGUACACCCCAAGCAUCCCGCUGGGGGAGGAAUGGGGAGAAGAGCGUCCUUUUGAGUACCAUGACUCAGAGAAAGAAAAACGCGCCACGAGGCCCUCAGAAGCACAGCUUCGGCGAGCUGCUUCCCUUGUGGGGGCCCCCGGUGUUGAGUUGGUGCAUGCAGAAACAGAGGCAGCUUUAUUGCACCUCAAAGAGGCCUCCCAGGGGAUAUGUGAUCCUUCUUUCAAAGGGGCACCUGAUGAGCCAAACGGCUCCUCUACGGCGUUUAAGACGGUCUCAACAGAAGCUGCUGCUCGUUCGGAUGGGCAGAAUGCCGAAGAACGCAUCGAUCGAUGGGGGGCCCCCCGAGAAAGUCCGUAUGAUAGACGUCAGGGAGCACCCAGCGUGGUGCUUGCGGGAUCCUCCCGUCAGCUGCGCUCGUUUUUUCGGUCCGACGACUCCCCCGUCACUUGUAGAGAAAACCCCUGUGGGGUCCAUUUACCAGCUGUAGAGGAGUGCCCGCAUGGGAGCCCCCUCCAAACAGAGAUCCCCGAAGAAGAUACUCCCCGUGCAUCGAUGGGCCGUGCGAGGCGGCGGACCAGCAAUACUGAGACCACGCUGCUAGAAGUGGCUGGAUCCCCUCUUCUGGGUGAAACGAUACGAGCGAGUGAAGAGUCUUCACGGGCCUGGGAAGCCGUGUUGGGGGCUUCCUCUGCCGCUGCUCCUGUACAGACCCCUUCUGCACUCGCGGGAGACUCUCCUGGGGAUGUGCAUUAUCUUCCUUCCGACCCGUUUUCCGACAACCCAACGUGUGCGUCAGAGACUACCGCGGAUGGAGCACUACACGUUUGGGGUCUUCGAUUUCGGGAAAGGGGCACGAUAGAUUGUCGGUCCCUCGGGGUGGUGAUGGGGGGUAGAGGUAGAGCACGUUUUGCCUUUGGAGGUGGGUGCUUCGCGAUGUGCAGCUUGAACCUCUCAACUCUGGGGGCUUACUGGGCGGCUCGAAGGUCCAGCUGUUUGUUCGAUGUCUCUUACCGCCGGCUUCUGGAGGUGCGCGGCAGAGACAGAGUCGCGUUCGCUGACCUUUUGGCAUCUUGUGAUAUGCAGAGGAUGAUGCGGGUAGGCGAGGCAUAUUCAGCGCUGUUGCUGGACAGCAAGGGCCUUCUGAUGGAUGACUGCUGCGUCCUCAAGGCACCCGACUUCAUCGAGAUCCGUUCCUCAGGCCAUGCUUUCUCCCAGAUAUUUGAAUACGUUGCGGAGCUCGCAAACUUCUGCACGAAGAGUGGGAUGCAGGUAGCUCUGCAGCCUUCGUCGAAGAGCUGCGUGCUGGCCCUGCAGGGGCCCCUGGCAAUGAAGCGUUUUGUGCAGCAGUGCAACCCACGUUUGCUGACCGUUGUUCAAGGGGUGGCUGCACUGCAUGCGGCUGCCCCAAAAUUGGCGAGAACGCUGCUGUUUGGAGUUGGAAACUCUGGAUCGGGGGCUUGUGGCUGGGGUGUCAGGGGAGAGAAGACAGAAGCACCAUCUCGAGGAGCUCUUCGCGUCGCUCUGUAUGAUUUCUGGGGGAACCCGUUGUCUCCCGCUGGUCUCUCUCAAUUGCCCUUCAUGUCCGCCUGGCGCCUUGAAAUAAGGCUCCCCCGAGAUCCAAAUAUUGGUUCUCGCUCUCACAGCAGUUCUAAAAAAUUCUCUGUGAGCUGCAUCCGUGGGGGCCCCACUGGAGAAGAUGGCAUCGAGUUUGCCGCGGAUCCGCCUGGGGCUUUAGCCCUUGCCAGGUUUCUACUGGACGACUCGCUGGCCAGGAAGGGCCCUCCAGUGCAGAAUCCUGGAGGCUUAGGAUCCUCUGUAGUUGCACCCCCGUAUUUGGGUUCGUUCUUUGCUUUGGAGAUGCUGCGGCUCGAGGCUGGACUCCCGUGGAUGGGGACGGACAUGCGGAGCAGCCACACAGCGCCACAAGCAGGCUUUGCACGCUUGGUGAGUUUGUAUAAGGUUAGGCAGAAAGUGCUUCUGGGAUCAGAGGCCCUCAGUAGGCAUCUUGCCGUUCCCCCCAAUGUGAGAAGAGUUGGAUUCAUCAUCGGGGGAAACGACAGACUGCUAAGGGCGGAGCAAAUCCAGCAGGAGCGACAAGAGGCACCGGCAGAGGGGGAUGAGGCAGGCGUUUGUUUUGCGGUAUCCUCCGGUACGAAUCUGGAGGCUAUCAGUUUCCCAUUAUGCGGCUCUGCCGUUCUGUCUCGUGGUGAACGGCGGCCCGUCGGCAUCAUCACUUCUGUGGGCUGGAGUCCCACGAUGAAAUGCAGAAUUGCACAGGGGCUUGUGCUCAAUGAAUUUGCAAGGCACAGAGAGCCUGUAUGGUUCGCAGUCCCAAAAGCUGUAUCCUCAGAUGCCCCCAAAUGGAAAAAGGAAAAGUUACUAAGAGGAAGGAGGCUCCGCCUGUUAGUUCCAGGAAGGGUCUGCAGGCUACCACUCCUCCCGCAUAACUACCCGUUGGUGCGUCAUGUUAUACACAACUCUCCGUGCUCCCUGCCAAGGUGCCCGUCCCUGCUUUCCUUAGUCCCCAAAAAAAGCCAACAGGCUCUGUGGAGCCUACGAAUACGCCAGCGUGAUCGAAUCAGAAUGACCAUAGCUUUUGAGGGCUCCAGGUGUCCAUUCAUGUCCUAUUACUACUCUUGUUUAUUUAAAGGGAAAACAAGGAUUAGUGGCCAAAUGCCAAUGAGAGAAUCAAGCAAGCUGUGUGUGUUGUUCGUGUGCGAGUUUAUUUGCAGACAGAGGGCCAGAGGCAGACCGCGAAAACAGUGCCAUUCGUGCCGAUUAGGAAUGGGCAGCAUCACAGCUCCGCAGAGACAACGAGGACGCGGUAGAAAGGGUCCAGGGAGAAGGAACCUUUGGAGAGAUAGUGGAGGUGAGGAGGACAUAUGUGAUAUGUGUUACACUUCCACUGCCCGCAGUUCUGAAAGUUCCCCAUAUGAGGGCAGAAAGCCAUGUAGGGUGAGAGUAGCUGCGACCUCCAACCAUUCACAGCAUUCACAGCUAGUGCACAGAGCAUCUAGCCUACGCCCGCUACACCUGGUCUACGAGGUGGCACUUAAACUCUUACCAGAAGAAUGUGCACGUCCCAAUUUGCGUGCGAAGGGGGCUACCUAUUUAUUUGUGGGUGCGAAGACAGUGAGAGAAGUACUUGAACACCAAACUAAGAUAACAGUACAGCAAGACGACCAGCACCCAGGGGAUCAUCACCGCGUUAACUACGACCUGCAUCGAAAGCACAAAGUAGCAGUUUGCGGAUCACAAAGCGCCGCAGUUUGA